AUGGCUCAGAAACCCCAGCAAUUCGACGUUUUAGGGGACACCGGGGCUAGAGUUGAUCGUCCUCGGGACUCUCUGGCUUUGAUCUUCAAAAGAGCCUUGGAACUUGGGCUGGACGACGUCUCCCAGGAUGGCGGCGUUCGGUUCACGGUAGGCACGAUGUGCUCUGGGACCGACGCUCCCAUCCUGGCCCUCCGCGAGCUUCAAGACGCGGCCCUGGCCAUGGGCUACAACCACCUCUUCGACUUUGAUCAUCAGUUCAGUGUCGAGAUCGAAGCGUACAAGCAAGCUUUCAUCGAGAGAAACUCGAAGCCGUCCGGCGAGAUCUACCGCGACGUCAUCCAGGUGUCUGACCCGAGCAGAAAAGACGCAAUUACUGCUCAUGGCUCUUUGGCUCCUAUCCCGGCAGCACCGGACCUGCUCGUGGCAGGCUCAUCGUGUGUGGACUUUUCGAAGCUCAACAACAAACGAGACAUCUUGGCCAAGCACUCAGUCCUCAGCAGACUAUACGAAGAAGCCAAGAACACCAAAAACGGCCUUGAUUUUGGUACAGUAACACCUCAAAGUCAGUCGCAUGAUGUCCGCAUGGCACUGCAGGAUGUCCGCGAUUCCUUCCAUACGGAAGGCGAGUCUGUCAAGACAUUCGGCUCAAUCCUGCAGUUCAUAUACGACCAACGACCUAAACUCAUCAUCCUAGAGAAUGUUUCUCAUGCACCUUGGCGCGCCUUCACCCACUUCUGGCUUCCCUUAGUAGGUUACGUGGCUCUAUCGAUGAAAGUGGACAGCAAGAAUUUCCUCGUCCCACAAACCAGAACCCGAGGCUACCUGGUUGCUGUUGAUCAGUGGCACUAUGGCACGGAAUUGUCUACGCGCAUGGCGCGACUGUGGUCGAGCAUGAUGGAGUCCUCCAAUUGGUUUCCGAAUCAGUAUCCUGAAGUCCAUAAAUUCCUUCUGUCAUCGAUGGACCAGCGAAUCCUCGAGGCACGAGCAAUUGAGGAGCGAAAGAUCGCUGAAAACAUGACCAGGGAUGUCGAAGCCAGAAUGUGCGCUUACGAUCACGCCAAGGUUCGAAGACAGCAAGGACUUGGACCUGACCGACCUUUCACUCAACGGGACGGCCGGGGUAAUCUCUUACCCAGAGAUACGUCUUGGCAGGCGUACAUCAGAGGCACAUCCAGCCGUGUCCAAGAUCUCCUCGACAUUACGUGGCUGUCAGAGCGCAAAAAGGGAGGCAGAGAUCUCAACUACAAGGCAAAGUAUCUUGACCUUGGUGAAGGUGUUGAGCGACUCAAAACACAAAUUGGUAUUGUCGGGUGCGUCUUGCCCGACGGUGACCUUUUCGCCACAGAUCAGGGACGGCCGAUAUUGGGUGUUGAGGCACUCUCGCUCCAAGGUCUACCUAUUGAUCGUAUCCGCACCUCUGUCGAAACCCAGGCCGACCUCCAUGAUAUGGCCGGAAAUGCCAUGACGACCACAGUCGUGGGCGCUGCCACCCUCUGCAUCCUGAUAGCUGAACGCCAGGUGACUCGAUCCAGUGGUUUCCACGACGGCCUGCCUCUUCUGGACAACGGUGCAAGUACCAGAACUCAGCACUUGAAGCACCUGUUUGCCAUUCGCCAAUCCGAUCGCAACGGAGCAGCCGACGGAGCAUUUGCCUUGCUCCAACAUUGCCCCAGCUAUUCAACUGCGCAGAAAGACCAGGCGGCUGUUGCCCACCUCAUAAUGAUACAUCAGAAAGGACGGAGGUAUUGUCCCUGUGCAGGAUAUCGCAAGCAUAAUCCGGCGACUGGUCUCAUGAUCUGUACACUUUGCAAUCAGGUGCGAUGUGUCACCUGUGCGGGCAAUCCUGCUCACGCUUUCGAAACGCUUCUUACCGGGCCCCUGUGGUCCUGGGAUGAGACCAUCCACGCCCUGAGAGGCAUUCUACCGAACCGGUUUGCUUUGACCGGAGGCCAUGGCAUACCUCAGGACGACAAGGAUGUCAAGAGCUUAUGUUCGAGCCUUUACACUACCGAGAAGGAAAAUGGAAACAUCACAACUCGACUUCGUGAAUUGCGCAAAUGCCUCGGGGCUGUCUACUAUCUCGACCACUUCGACAAUAGCCAGGUUAUCGUGGCAACUUAUGUCUCAACCUGUGGUCGGAUCGAGCUCUCCAUUGGUUUAGACCAGGUUGUGUGGUAUCUUUACUUACCAGAGCCGCUCGAGCCCGGCUCAUUCAACCAACAACCUGCUCCUCCCAUCGCUCGAGCCAUACUCGACAAGUCGGCGGACAACGUUUUCCCUAGCUGCCUGAGUUGGGAGAUUUUCUUCCUCCAGCCCGUUCCCGUGGUGCUUUCUUUGGAGCCCCAAUCUGACUCUACUUUCCGUUGCUUCGUCACAGAGUUCAAUGGGCAGCCGAUCAAGUCAUACCCAAUAAUUCCCAUGGCAGCUACAGAGCUCAUGGUAGGAGUCGAAGGCGUUUACGAGUUCUCCCAAACUUGCGGCACGCCUUUUGACCUCUUGUAUUCGAGAAGAACAGCUGGUAGCGAGCCUUCCUCGGCGCCCUGCUAUCUGUUUCUCGACACAAAACACACCACAGAGCCUGAGGAGGAUAGCUGGGUCAUGUCACAGUCUGUGAGCAAGCUCGAACCAGGAACACAUCGAGAAGUGCUUUGCAAGUUUUCAAGCAGCUGGAAGGAGCAGGAGCAGAAGCUGCGACAACACGGCACUCCACAAACUGUGCAGUGUGAGAUUCCUGGCCUUUGGCGUAGCGUCCACCAAACCAAUGGGGCCCUCAUGAACAUCAGCAUGUCCGAUGUGCAUCUUGCACCAGACAGAAUGACAGCCGAGACUUCUGAAGACUUACACGUCAUCAUUCCCGGGGCUUUGAAUUUCCCGGAUGUUGCGCAGGCGCCUAUCCCGGUGCUUCAACUGCGGAUUGACAUCCCUGACCUCCCAUUCCCGGUGCAUUUGCUGCCGCAGCUGUGGAAAACAGAUGGAGAGAUCUUCAAGGAGUGUGCCAAAGAGACGGACUCUGGCGAGAAGUGGAUGCGCGUAAGCGAUCACCACCACAAGGAUGCGCUCUCUCUCAUCUCGUUUGCUCUCGGCGCACUCAAAGCUAAUCACUUGCCCCGAGAAUUCACAGUCGGGAUACUCGAACGGGCCGGAGCUGUUUGCCAGUCCCUUGACGCCGAUUUCCCCAACCCCAAGGUUCAUCUGCUCUGGGAGGGGUUCAAAGUCAAAAAGCUGUUUGACGAUUCAGAGGCUGCUCAACAGCUAGCCGAGUCUUACAGUAAACGACCGCUUCCUUUGGAGUUGGAUGUUCAAAUUGUCAGGGCCGAUCAGCCUCGGCAUACAGGCGACCUCUACAGCGGUCGAGCAGGGGGCAACAUCGCUCAGGAACCCGAGCUCAUCAUUCGUAUCCUCUUCAACCCAACUGCGCUAGCUCACAGGGCUUGGCUGCAUAUUCCCCGAGACGGCUUGAUCAGGGGCAUCCGCCGCGAUGUCAUGCAGGAUGGCCACAUUGGGUUUGCUGUUGAUGUGGAGUUUGUUGACCCUAGCCUCAAGAUGAUCGAGCCCUUUGAAGCUUGCUUAUCCCAAGAUGUCAUUUCCUCCGCGACCUACGCCUCGGCUAUUCAGUUACCCUCUUUCGACUCCUGUGGCGUUCAGCUGCGUCCAGAUCAGAUCCAGUCUGUCCAGUGGAUGAUCGAGAAGGAGAGCAGCAACAGCUGCUUCGUCGAGAGGGAGGUGGAAGAGUUCCUUGUUCCGUCGUCAAGCAUUCGCCUCCGCUCCCACGCUGAAGUUGUCAACAGAGCCAGGGGAGGCGUAUUAGCUCACGACGUUGGAUUCGGCAAGACCAUCGCCACCCUAGCCCUCAUAGAUCAUCAGCGUAACCAGAGCAAUGAGAGGUCCGUGACUGAGCGGUAUGCAUGGACGCAGGAGAGACACUGCCAUCUGAAGGCCACUUUAAUUGUCUGUCCCCCCCAGAUUGUCGACCAGUGGCGUGAUGAGAUAGAAAGGUUUCUUGGCUCCGAGAACUGGAACGUCGUCGUCAUCAACGCGAAGACGCCUUUUCAUCGCGGUAUACUCGAGAUGGCGGACAUUGUCAUUCUGAGCACCGCCUUCAUUCACUCAACUGCCUUUGUUCAAGCCCUCACCAGAGUGGCCGGGGCUGCCAAUUUCCACGAUGCCAGUAGCGCAUCGUCGAGAGAGUUCAACAUUUGGUAUCGCGAGGCGGUCACCGACCUGGAGGACUCGUGCCAGUGCUACGCUGACAACAACAGAAACAACGGCGCUCUCGCGAAGCACAUCUCGCUUCGCACUCAGGAACGAAAGGCCAGCUUUGAGAAGGCUCGAGCCGCCUGUAUCGUGGAGUCUCGACGCAAGGACCAGAAGUCAAAGGCGACAGCCCGCACACAGCGGGCGAAGAAAAAGAGCAAGAAACCAAGACGGACCGCCGCCGCCGCUGCUGAAUCUGAUCACUCUGCUGAGUCGGACUCUGACUCUGCCAUGGACGAUCGAAAGCGCAAGGUGGCUACCUCUCACGUUGUCAGUGACUUCAAGGAUGCCACAGUCCUGCAGAUGUACUCGUUCGACCGCGUGGUGCUCGACGAGUUCUCGUACGAGAACAAAAGUACCGCGGCUUUCGUGGCCAACUGUGUGGCAUCCUCCAAAUGGAUUCUUUCCGGCACACCGCCCAUGGCAGACCUGAGCCAGGUGUGCGCCAUCGCCGACCUCGUCAACAUGCACGUCGCUCGACCUGAGGCGUCGGUGCCAAGGUCUUUCCCAAGCAUCACGCGAGGCCCAAGACUCGACAAGACCACCAGAGGCGAGGCGAUGCGCCAGUACGCUGACCCCAAGUCGGCCCAGUUUGCGCUCGAGCGCCACGAACAGGCCCGCACCUUUCUCGAGCACAAGAUGACCCGACGCGAGACGGAUAUUUCGCACAUCGGGGUUACCGAGCAGGUCGUUGUUUGCCGACUCGACCCUGUCAGCUCCGUUGUAUACGCCCAGCUGCAGCAGGUGCUGUACGACGCGCGUUGGGACAUUGAAGAGGUGCCCGGAGACAUGCGCGCCAUCAUCGACUGGCUGCUGCAACAGACCGGAAACAACAAGGCUUCAAAAGCACGAGAGAACCUGCGUAUGUCGUGGCACAACACGAUCCAGUCGCUGUUGGUGCAGUCGUCGACUAAUCUGUCGGCCUAUGGCGAAAACAUGAAGAAGCUCGGCAUGGACGUCAGGGCAGGCGCCGUUUCUGGCAUCACCGUGCUGACCAGCAUGCGAACAAUCUACCAACGGCUCCAGGCCCGUUCCAAGGCCAUGAUCAAGAGCCAGUUCGACAUGCUGAUGUAUGUCGUCGAUCAGGUGCAGAUGAGCGGCCUUCUUACAAUGACCAACGCCAAGGGCAGAGACAAGACCAAGCAGGACAAGGCCAUGUACUACCAAGACCACCUUGACGACUUUAUCCAAAGGUUCACUGCUGCUAGACCUUGGAGCUUUGGAGACGCCGAGAUCCGAGACGACUUCUGGAAGGGUGGUAACGGUGUGUACGGUGCUAUCGACUGGUGGAAGCUGACGGAGGAGGACGUCGAAGCUAUGGAUGAAGAUGAGCUCAAACACGUGGAGACCAAGCUCGUCUGCUUCAAAGCCAGCUACAACCCUGAAAGUCAGAUGGAAGCCACAGGCCAGCAGCUUGAGGAGUCGGUCUGUGACCUGCUGAACGCCAACGUGCUAGACCAGUAUCACGAAGCAGAGCCGGAGAAGGUGGCUGCCAACAUCGGGCUGGCUUCGGCCACACUCCUCGAUGUUUACUGGAAGGACACGGCAAAGUCCAAAGACUUUGAAUUUGGCAACAAAUUCCGGCCCUACCGCCCCAAGUUGAACGAGGAAGAGACUGAUCGCGGCACCAGUCACGAUCAAGCCACGAACCGUAUGGCCAUGGCUCUUCAAAGCGUACAGGCAGGUAUAGAGGAGUACAUCCGCCAGGCUCGCCGGCUCCGUGUGCUCGGCAUUGUGCAAGACUUGUUCGCGUUCGCCCAGGCUCUGGAAGCCGGUCAUCAGCCGAAUGCUCCAACGUGCAGUGUCUGCGGCUCGCAGGACAACACUGAGAUGAAGGACCUCAGCCUCUUCAUCACCUGUGGCCACCUACUGUGCUCAGGAUGCGUCGCAGCACAUGAGCAUCAGCAUGGUCAGGCCGAGAGCACGACGGGCGAGGUUCUAUGCCCUGUCGACUCGUGCUCUGCGAUGGCCCGCUCGGCCCUCGUCCCCUGCACGCAGCUCAUUUCUGCCACGGCAGCCUCAACUCUUGAUUUUGAGGGCAAGAGCGCCAAGGUCAUGAAGAUUCUGGACGUCAUACGCACCGACGUCAAGGACGAUGAGAAGGUUCUCCUGUUCGUCAGCAACAAGAAGCUCAAGGCCCAGCUCUCCGACGCGCUCGAGGAGGACGACAACGUCGAUGUGUACAUGACCACCGGCACGCACCACGAUACCGACGCCAUCCGAUCCUUCAAAGAGCCCAAUGAAGAUGGCAGAAAGAAGGUUCUGGUCCAGAGCCUCAUGUCCGAGGAGUCCGCCGGCACGAACCUCACCGAGGCCAACCACGUCAUGUUUGCUGCGCCGCUGCACACCGACAGACGUAACCACUACAUGUACAUGCGACAGGCCCGGGGCCGCGCCAUCCGCUUCGGCCAGACCCGGCCGGUGAGGGUCUACCACUUUGUCACGGCGCACACGAUGGAGGUUGACGUCCUGGAGCACCGGCUCGGACACAAGCUGCUCAUCCCCGAGGGCGGCGACCGCAUGCCCCUCGACGACCUCGACUACAAGCUCUACGCCCUAGACACCCGAGCUGCUUCCAGAGGCCCGCCGAGUGCCACCAAAGAAGCCUCUGCUGCUCCGACGAUCUCAUCCACGCUGAGAAGAAUUCGACCGUACAUUGACGAAGUGGAAACCAGGAAGCUGCUCGACUCGCAGGAGUAUGAUGAGUGGCAGGACAGACUUGAUGUGUCGCCCUCUGCAGCCACCAAACAGACACCUUGGUUCCGCAGUCAGGUUGUCGAGCAGUCUGCUGAUGAGGUGUAUGAUGACGAUGUCGAGGUCGGAAAUUGA